AUGAACGGUGGCUCACGGCGGCGCCUCCAUCCCGUGGCAAUCGAGCCGUCCGCAUCCGCCUUCCUCGCCGCCGCCUCCUCCAACCGUAAACCUGACACAGCCCAACCGCUCCCCAGCUACGUCGCGUUGAACUUCAACUUCAAGCCCGACUCGACGCACGACUGCCGCAAAGGUGCACUCUUUCAGCCGACCGCCGGUCGGAACAGCAGUGCGGACUGGCAGCUCGAGCUCGAAUCCACCGAGGAUCAGCCCAACGCUGGGCCGGACGACAGUGGAAGCAAGAAGCCAGCACACAUAUUCACAGGACCACAGACGGGAGCCAAGACGUACGAUCUGGUGUUGGUCUGGGACGAAAGGGAGAAAGUGUAUCGGCUGGACCGCAUUGCGUCGACCUUUGCGCUCAAGUACGAGCGGUCAAAGACGGUGCUUAGUACUGCGAGUCAGGAUGCUUGGAAAGGCGGUGCGGGUAGGCCCAAGAAGCGGGCGCACGAUGAUUCCACGGCAUCGAGGGGCGCUCCUAUUGCCAGCUCUAGCAGUGCUCCCAAGCCGUCUGGGCAAGGUGAGCUCAAGCUGCGCAGCAAACCGAUCUCGGCUCCUACACCGAUACGACGGUCUUCGCGAAGAGGACUAGCUACGGAGGUGGAAGAGUUUGAGAAUCCGGCUCGAGCGCCAGAAAAUCACACCGAGAAAGCAGCUGCAAGUUCGUCAAACCGACGCUCAUCAUCGCCGGAGCGCAAGUCGUCAGUCGCAGAGGCAAGCAAGCGAGACAAAUCGACAGCCUCUCCAAAGGAUCGUGGGUCGACCGACGACCCUGCCGCUGGACUGCGUCGCAGUCGCCGUCGAUCAAGUCAGGCUCAAACGGACGACUCGUCUGCCGCUACAAAGUCGGACCCGCCUGGAAGCGCAGAUGGCGAGGACGACGGACUAGCCCUUGAGCUAGAGCGCGAGCUCGAACGCGAACUAGAAGUAGAGAUGCAAGACGUAGCCGAGGUUGAAGAGCCACUUCGUUCCUCCGGUCUAAAGGCUCCGCCUCCGAAUCCGACGUCGAGCCGGACCCUCUCUCCGGUCUCACGACUUCAACGCGCCGAAAGGGGACUGAAGAUCGAUACGCCCAAAGCGCACACCUCUGAUCCAGAUCAUUCCGCGCCUACAUCAAAAGCGUUCCGCCCGUCACCCUCCCCCUCAUCACCCCACCUCGCCCCCGCUGCCAUCAAUAGCAACGCACCUAUCGGACUGGGCCUGCACUCCACCGGCGUCGGUAUCACCCCGACCUCGUCCCCACAUCUCGACGUCACCAGUCCGAAGGGUCCUUCGAAGGGUAUCCCGGAUGAAGAAGAGGAAGACGAUGGGCUGGACGACUUUGCUGCUGAGCUGGACAUGUCUCUGGCCGAGGUGCCCGCUUCUGCACCCAGGAGGAGCUCGCGCGCGCAGCAGGUGCCGAGGCUGGAGCGCAAGGCGUAUGGCCUAGGUGGGCCGAGGCAGGAGGAAGAAGAAUUGGAGGAUAGUGACUAG